AUGAAUAACCCUAAUGGAGGUGCUAAUCCUUCUUUCUGCGAUCGAUCUCAUAAUAACCAGACCUUAGAAGAUAAUUUACCAUCUGCUACUUUACCGGUUGCUGAGAUAUUAUCGGUAGUUGAUAGUACAUCAAAUUCGAAUAUGGAUCCUGUAAAUUGGUCGAAAACGAAGAAAUAUUUUAUCGUUGCAAUGAUUUCUUAUGCUGGAAUGAUUACAGGAAUUUCGUCAUCAAUGUUAUACCCCGCAUUAUCAAAUAUUCGAGAAGAAUUUGAUAUUAAUGAAUUUCUAGCAAAUAUUUUAGUUUCGAUUUAUCUCGUAUUUCUAGGAAUUUCGCCACUCGGUUGGGCAUCGUAUUCUGAUGCAUUUUCGACUAGGCGCAAGGUUUAUUUGACCUCUUAUGUGUUAUAUGUCAGUGCAUCUUUAGCAUGUGCUUGGUCAAAUAGUAUUUGGUUACUUAUCGCAAUGCGUGGAAUUCAAUCUUGUGGUUCUUCAUCCGUUCAAAGUGUAUCGGCGGGAGUUAUAAGUGACAUCUUCAUUCCAUCUGAAAGAGGAAGUGCGUAUGGUAUCUUCUAUGCAGGUUAUCUUGCAGGUCAAAUGAUUGGACCAAUUUUUGGAGGAACUGUGAACCAAUUUCUUGGAUGGAGAUGGAUCUUUGGAAUUUGCACAAUAUUAGGCGGAAUACUAGUUAUCCUCACUUUCUUUUUCCUUCCCGAAACGUUCUAUAAUCGUCAAUUUGAAGAAACCUUACCUACGACAAUGACUUCAAGAGCACUAAAAUUACGAUUUAAUCCAUUUUUACCAUUAAAAUCAUUAUCAAAACCACAUAUUAUAUUAAUUGUAGCAUAUAUGAAUACAUUAGCAAUUUUACAUUAUGUUACAGAUGUUCUAAUUCCACGUAGCUUUAUUGAUGAUUAUAAUUUAAAUUCUUCACAAAUUGGACUUGUUUUCUUGGCCCCUACGUCCGGAUAUGUUAUAGGAAGUGUUCUCGGUGGGAAGUUUUCUGAUUAUAUUUUACGAAAAGCCAAGGCAAUGCAUCAUGGUAUCAUGGAACCUGAAAUGAGACUUCAUAGUGCUUGGAUUUCCGCCUUAAUUUUACCGACAUCUUAUGUCAUUUAUGGAUGGUUUUUAUCGGAAGAGGUUCAUUUGGCCUUGCCCGUUACUAUGUUAUUUAUUGCUGGUUUUAAUGGAUACAUAGUUCAAAGUUCGGUUAGUACGUAUUUAGUUGACGUAAGUCCCGAUAAUAGUGCAUCAGUACAAGCAGCGAAUAAUUUUAUAAGAUAUUCAACGUCAGGUAUAAUUAUAGCCUUUGCUGUAGAUAUUGAUGAAUUUAUUGGAGUUGGUUGGACUUUUACUUUAGCGGGAGGUUUAAAUUUCAUUGGAUUCUUCUUGUUAUUAAUUACAUUUUUCAAGGGAAAAUUAUGGAGAGAAAAAAACAAUUAA